AGGCUCUGUGUGUUGCAGCUCGUGGUGUCAGAGCGCCAGUGUGUGUCUCAGUCUGCCGGCGUGAGUGUGUGCAUCGGUGCGUCGCCGUGUGUGUGUGAAUGUGUGUGUGAGUGACUCCGGCGCUCUCUCUCUCUCUGCGUACGACAGGUGGAGAUGACAUGACUGCGCUCGAGAGGAAGGAAGGGAAGGACCUACGCGGUCAGCAAGUGUUUCUGCGUCCGGAGGAGAGUUCCGCUCCAGCUCUGACCACCAGACAGUCCACCACGGUGUCCGAACAACUCCAGGAUGCUUUGCUGCGGCUGGCGGCGGUUGUUGACGCUCGCUCGCUGCGAGUGGCCCUUCGAGACAGCAUACAGGAGCUGCUAUCCAGCACGGAGUGUGUAUGUGUCUACAUGCUGGAGGGACACUCGAGGCUGCUAUCUGACGACCCGCCACAUGAACUGCCUCUGGAGGGAAAGAUCAGGAGUAUCGCAGACCAGCUGAGGCGAUGUCAGUGCGCCGGCCUUCCUCCCUCUGAACUGCCAGAAAAACACAGAAUCUGCCUCGCGGCGCCGUUGGCAGCACACAGACGAGCUGUUGUGAUUCCCAUCUUGGGUCAGGAGCCGGACAAGGCAUUCGCUGUCUUACUGGUGGGCUGUAAUCCACUGACUGAUCAGGAUGAACUGCAUCUUAACUUGCUGGAGAAACACGCCUCGGUGGCGUGUGUGCGGGUCCAAGCCAUUCAGACAUCCCACCAGAGGCCUCCCCUCAGCCCCUCACCCAUACAGUCCCACAAUGCACUGCUGCAUCUCAACGUCUCAGAACAGGACUACUGCGAGCUGGACCGCAACAUUCUGCAACUCUGUGGCGAGCUCUAUGACCUUGAUGCAGCCUCGCUCCAGCUCAAAGUCAUCAAUUAUCUGCAGCAGCAGACUCAGUCGCAGUGUUGUUGUCUACUACUGGUGUCUGAGGACAACCACCAGCUGUUCUGCCAGGUGGUUGGAGACAAAGUCGUGGAAGAGGAGAUCAGCUUCCCGUUGAUGUUUGGACGUUUCGGUCAGGUUGUUGAGAAGAAGAAGUCAAUUACUCUUCAGGACGUCAGUGCUGAGGAGCGUAGGCAGCUGUCCAGUAUGUUAGGCUGUGAGAUCUCGUCCAUGCUCUGCGUCCCUGUGGUCAGCAGGGCCACUGCUCAGGUGGUGGCGUUAGCGUGCGCCUUCAACAAGCAGGGGGGCCUGAGACACACAGAGGCAGAUGAGUAUGCCAUCCAGCACUGUUUCUGCUACACUUCAACGGUUCUCACUUCAACUUUGGCCUUUCAGAAGGAACAGAAGCUCAAAGUGGAGUGUCAGGCACUCUUACAAGUGGCCAAGAAUCUCUUCACACACUUGGAUGACGUGUCAGUGCUGUUACAGGAAAUUAUAGUGGAGGCCAGGAAUCUCAGUGAUGCAGAGAUCUGCUCAGUGUUCCUGCUGGAUCGCGUCAGUCACGAGCUGGUGGCGAAGGUGUUUGACGGGGGCGUGGUCAGUGAUGAAGAGAAUGAGUUUCGUAUCCCAGCAGAUCAGGGCAUUGCGGGCCACGUGGCGACCACUGGUCAGAUCCUAAACAUUAAGGACGCCUACUCCCAUCCUCUCUUCUACCGAGGCGUGGACGACAGCACCGGCUUCAAGACUCGCAACAUCCUCUGUUUCCCCAUCAAAGACGAGAACAAUGAGGUGAUUGGUGUGGCUGAGUUGGUGAACAAAAUGAACGGGCCGUGGUUCAACCGCUUCGAUGAGGAUCUGGCCACAGCGUUCUCCAUCUACUGUGGUAUCAGCAUCGCCCACUCUCUGCUCUAUAAGAGGGUCCACGAAGCUCAGUUCAGGUCCCACCUGGCCAAUGAAAUGAUGAUGUACCACAUGAAGGUUUCGGAGGAAGAGGUGACUAAAAUGCUGGUGACGGGGAUUGAGCCAGUGAAGGAGAUCCACCCCUGCUUCGCUGAGUUCACAUACACACCUCGCUCCCUGCUCGAUGACACCACACCCAUGUGUGUCCUCAGCAUGUUGGAAGAUAUGGGUUUCAUCAACACAUACAAGAUUGACCGGCACACUCUCGCCAGGUUCUGUCUAAUGGUGAAGAGAGGCUACAGAGACCCUCCCUACCACAACUGGAUGCACGCCUUCUCUGUCUCACACUUCUGCUACCUGCUCUACAAAAACCUAGGGCUGUCCAACUACCUCGAGGAUAUAGAGAUUUUGGCUCUCUUCGUCUCCUGUAUGUGCCAUGACCUGGACCACCGUGGUACCAACAACUCUUUCCAAGUCGCCUCGCAAUCUGUGCUGGCGGCUCUCUACAGCUCUGAGGGAUCUGUGAUGGAGAGACAUCACUUCGCCCAGGCCAUUGCCAUUCUGAACACUCAUGGCUGCAACAUCUUCGAGAAGUUCUCCCGGAAGGACUACCAGCGCAUGCUGGAUCUAAUGAGGGACAUCAUUCUGGCGACAGACUUGGCUCACCACCUUCGCAUUUUCAAGGACCUGCAGAAGAUGGCUGAUGACGGUUACAAUCCAAAGAGACGCUCCCACCGCUCCAUGCUGUUGUGCCUGCUGAUGACAUCGUGUGACUUAUCAGACCAAACCAAGGGCUGGAAAACCACACGCAAGAUUGCUGAGCUGAUUUAUAAGGAGUUCUUCUCUCAAGGAGAUCUGGAAAAAGCCAUGGGGAACCGGCCCAGUGAAAUGAUGGACAGAGAAAAGGCGUACAUCCCAGAACUACAGAUAAGCUUCAUGGAACAUAUCGCCAUGCCAAUCUACAAGCUGCUGUCUGAACUGAUUCCUGGGGCCACUGAGCUGUACGAGAGAGUGGCGGCAAAUCGGGAGCAGUGGACCAAGGUGUCCCACAAGUUCUCUAUCCGUGGGUUGCCAAGCAACAACAGCCUAGACUUCCUGGACCAGGAAUAUGAGCUGCUCCAGUCCCAGGGUGCUUUCGGGAGCGACGACCACUGCCUCAACGGUUGCCUGGAAGACGCUGAGGGAGGGAAGGGUCAGUGAUGACGGCGGGCUGCCGGCUGUUUCCUGAAGUUUUCUGUGGUCCAAGAAGAGGCUGACGAUACCUUUUCAGUGACCUAAGAGGGAGGGGUCUCUCUGCUGGCAAUCUCUUAGAUGCUUAGCAGGCGACGCAGAAUGGACAGGACAAAGCUUCGAACCAAUUGAAUCAGACAAAUGAUUUGCCGAUUCAGUGAUUAGAUGCUACAUGUUGCUUUUGUCUCCUGUUCAGGAAAGUAGAAGGUGGUGACUUUAUCUUUUUCAGCAGCUAUACUGGAAAAAUAAGUUUUACCACAAGUUCACUCAUACACCACUGAUCCUGAUUAAGAUUGUAAACACACACACACACACACACACACACACACACACACACACAUGCACAGAGUAGACACAAAAGACAGAGAAAACACAAUUCAUUGUUAUGGAAAAAGACUACUUCAACAUGUAACAUGUGAGAUAAAGUGCUAUACUUUCUGUAAAAAAAUUUCAUAGUAUCUUAUAUUGAUUUUGAAAUGGCUCAGCUUUGUUCACACACGAGCAGUUGCCACAGUCCCUCACCUGAUGCUUAUGAAUGCAUGCUGUAUGGACACCUCAUGUAUUAUUCCUUUAACCUGCGUCAGUGUUGAUUUCUCAAUGGCUAAGAAAUGAAUGCAGUCCAUUUUUUAUUCCAUCAGAGCAAAGUUUUGUAUUCAGCUCUUACAAGUAUAUUUAAUUAAUCCAUGAUCCUGAAGUUGUACAAGGGAGAUUUUGUUUAUUUGCUUUACGUACAGAUUCACUUUGACCAUCUUUUGGUUGCCUAUGGGACAAUUUGACAAUCACUGAUCAAUGACAGAUCCCUGGCCAUGACACCUCACUCAAUGCGUUAGACAUUACAAACACAUGCCCUAAUAAUAUAUGCAUAUUGAUUUCAUGCCACUGCAUCAAGUAUGCAUUUACACAUCAGGACAAAGGCCACAUGACCUAAUACCAACCCUUAGUUGAUUGUUCUCAUCAUUAUUUCCACUCCCUUGCACCUUUUCACUUUUUUUAUAUUUUUUGGUUUAAAGAUUUCUGAAUUUAAACUUUAGAGAGAGAGUGAUUGAAGCCCUUUAAAAGAUCCACCUCAUCUGUCAGUGUAAAUGUGCCAGAGUAGAGCGUGUUUGGAGUGUGUCACUGAGUGUGUCAUAUGGAUCUGCCUUAUUGCGCAUCUUUGCUGCCUUUCUUAGAGCUUUUAAUAUAUGAAAUUGAAUUAAACGUCUGUUUAGUAUGUAUGUUGUAUAUUUGUCAUAGACAUAGUUAGAGUAUCAAUGUGUCGACUGAAUGAUCGCAAUGCUCAGAUGAUGUAUAUUUGUGAAAUAACUGUGUAAAGACCUCAGAUUUCAUGUCAUUUUUCUUCUUUCUAUCCUAAGUUAUGUAUACAACCACUUGUGGCAGAUACAACAGCAUUUUUUUUCAGUUGGCAGUGCACCCAAAAUUUGUUUUUAAGAAGGAACUAGAGAUUUUGUCAUGGAAAUUACUCUUACCUUAAAAGCACCAACAGGUCGCUAUUGCUGCACUCCAAAGGAAAUGUUUGGAAAUUUAAGAGUUAAGUUCUCGGAUUGUGCCUCAUAGGAAACCUGACGUUUUGGGCUGUGGGGUUUUGUGUAACAAUAUGCCAUAUUCAGUUUUACCUCACAAUGUUUUAAAUAGGAAAUGCUGCAGAGUUAGGGUAAUAUAACUACAGGAAAGUUACACAAAGAGAAAAACUCUUGUUAUGGACAACACUGUAUGUGGGCAGUGUGUGGUGGGGUGAGAGUUACGGAGCGAAAGAGUGGAUGGACAUGUGGGUGAGAAAAGGAGCCAGAGAGAGGACUGGACCUAGUUGGUUUUAAGAUCAAGAGAGAAAUGUUUAGUAUAAACCCCUCGCUACAAAGCUGCUGUUGACAGAGAUGAGGCAGAUACAAACCUCAAGUGAUCUGCCAGAAUUCUAAGAUCUCCCCUUUUAUGCAGCCCUGAUAAUGCCAGUGACGCUAGAUUAAAGGAAAAAUGUUGCAAUCAUAGGAUUUUAAUGUAUAAUUUUUCUUUGAAAGCAUCUCUUCAGGAUGCAUUAGGGUGGAAGGUUAAUUGGUUAGUAAAGUGGUUUGAUGUAUGUGUCAUACCUACACUGGGGAAUCCAUUAGCGAGAUUGGAGGAAAAUGUUUGAUCUGCUGUGGUUUGCUACAUGGACUGAAUAUUUUUACCCUAAAGUUUUACAAGGGAAAGUGUGUUUGUAGAAUAGCCACUCUCUCUUACUCACGCCUUCUCUCUCAUAUGUGAUUCCCCGUUUCUGUUAUUUUUAAACCACUGUUUCACACGUACCUGCCUUUUUCAUGUGCAAUAUAAAGUAUCUGCUUCUGUGAUGUUACAUAGAUUCCUAUGUAAAUACCUAUGCCUCUUGUUAAAUCAUUGCUGUAGGUCUGGGUUCCCGAAGGCAUUUGAGAGUUAGAUCACGAGUGCUUGCUUCUCUUAAUGCUUUGAGUGUCCAGACCUCUGUCCGUUUUCUAUACUGAAUGUGUGUAUCUGUCCCUUCGUGUUUGUUUUUUGAAAGUCAGGGCUAAAUGUGCCAAGCAAACAUUUUCUACUUCCUGGCCAAGCUGCAACUGAAAAACAGGCAUACACUAAAUUAGAAUAUUUUUUUCUUCUUUAAUGUUGGCAUGUUAACGAGGGCUAUCUUCUUAUAAAACUUUUUUUCUGAUACAUCAUGACCAGGUCUGAAAUUGCAGCUCAUCCAGGAAGUAUGAACCUACCAAUCUCAUUUCCCGUCAUCACAGAGCAGCAGGAAUCUAACCUGUGAUGUAAUGUCAUUGUAACGAUUACCUGUGACAUAAUUGUUAAAAGUGGCAAAAGUAUAUUUGCUGUAAAUAUCAAAGUUUUAAAAGGAAAUGUUUCUUGAUUGUCUGUUAUUAUUACAAUGGGAAGUAUUUCAUUUCUGUAAUGUAUUUAAAGUGGUUGCAUCCUGUUCUCUUUUUUUUUUCAUGCCAUGUUUGAACAAGCCUGAGCUUAGACGUUUAGACAGAGGGAAUGAAAGAAAAAUAUGUGUAUUUAGGAUAUACAUGUGAUAUUCUACCACAGAGAAGAACCCAAACUUAUCUGAAAUGUAUAAAUAAUGCUUAUACUGAGGACUAAAUUCAGUCACAUGUUAAUUUGUUUUGUUGAGUUCUGAGUGCUGGUGGUCUUUUCUUUUUCGGACAUGAUGAACGAGGACUUUUUUGACAAGAAGAGAAAUUGGUGAAAUUUUGAUUUUUCUUUUCUUUCUUGGAAUAAACCUGGUGAAAGGC